AACUCUGAGCAGUUGUUACGCGUAUUUCCGACGAACACAAAGUGUUCCGCGCUACCGUGCCAGGCGCGUUCUAAACGCCUUUGCAGAAUUGAAAAAAAAGGCAAUUUUCUUUAAGAAAAUUUAAAAGGGGAACGAUUUCCCUUUUGCUUUCAAGCAAAAAAGCCAACGUAUUUCUAGUCAUUUUCGGAUAAACCAAAGACAAUCUCAAGAUGUCCAUGACAGCCUUGGGUGUUAGUACCGCCUUUAUGGUCGGUUGCUGCAUUGCCGCCCAAAUUGCCCGCCGCUUGGCUUGUAAAUUUUUCAAAGAUCAAGGUAUUGUACCGGUUUUGGUCAACGAAGCUAUAGCAUCGGCGGAAUUGUGUGCCUGCUGUUUUGAGCUAAUUAUUGUUGCCGAUAACUUUGGUGUGGCUGCCUAUGCGGUGUUCCUCUUCCUGCUGACGGUGUGGUGGGUCAAGGUAUGGGGCGAUGCCUCGGCCUGUCCCUACACCCACAUGGAGGAUAUGCUGGAGGGUAAAACCUCGCUGAAAGAGGUUGCAUUGCGCACCUGGGCUGAGCUGAUGGGAGGCUGUUGUGUUUAUCGCAUUGUCCAGGUGUUUUGGUGGUUUGAGUUUGCUGAGACCCAUGAGGGCAGGGCCUUUGAAGAGUGUAAUGCUGAUUUGCAGGUAAAUCCCUAUUUGGGAGCAGCCAUUGAAGGUCUGGCCACCUUGCUGUGUCGCCUGGCUUCCAAAACUCUGAGUGAAAAGGGCCCCAAAUUCUGCAGCAUCAUUGAUUCCUUUAUCGGCACCAGUCUUGUGGUGGCAGCUUUCAACUUUUCGGGUGGUUACUUCAAUCCGGUUUUGGCUACAGCUCUGAAAUGGGGUUGCCGUGGCCACACCAACUUGGAACACAUCAUUGUCUAUUGGAUUGGUGCCUGUGUGGGAGCGAUACUAUCGGUGCCGCUAUUUAGAAUGCAGGCAGUUCGCAAGGUGUUGUUGGGCGCCGAUGAAGUAGCGGAAAAGAAAAAGGAAGAAUAAAAGAAAGUGAAGAGAGUAGAAAAUCAUUUGAAAAUUCAUGGUUUCAAAUGUUUUUGGUCCAUGGUAUUUUGUUUUGUUUUAUGUUGUUGUAAACUAUUUAAUUGUUGACAAAAAAAAAUUGAUUAAUUUAUAGAUUUUUGAGAUUAUUUGUAUUUAGUUAAUAUUAAUAUGCUUAAAUUAUAUAUGAUUUUAGUUUAGUUUAAAGAAAAGAAGAACAAAUUUUAAAUAAAUGACAAUUUUCCUUGAUUGGAGAAGAAUAUGUUGAAUAAA